AUGAAUACCAUUUUAACAUGGAUUCUGAUCCUUUUAGCAGUUUCAAUCGGGCUAUUAUACUUUUUGAUCUGGCUUUUUUCACAUAAUCCAAGGGAAGCAUAUCCAAGUGAACUAAAAUAUUUUACCAAUGAUGGAGAAACUGGGUCACACAUGCUUCCCGAAAGAAAUUCACCGGCAUCAGAUGACAUAUAUCUCUCUAUUGUUAUCCCAUGUUACAACGAGACCAGUCGUCUUAAGGAGAUGCUCAUUGAAGCUGUUUCCCACUUAGAAAAGCAAUUUCACGGGAAGUACGAAAUUCUCAUAGUAGAUGAUGGUUCCACUGAUGGCACUGCAGAGUAUGCAUUGAAACUUGCAAACGAAUUAGAACUGUCACCACACACAAUGAGAGUCAUAAAAUUUGUGGAAAAUAGAGGUAAAGGAGGAGCAGUUUGUCAUGGCCUACAGAUAGCACGUGGUGAAUAUGUGAUGUUUGCCGACGCGGAUGGUGCAUCCAAAUUUAGUGAUAUGGACAAGCUGGUUGAAUCGGUUCGCAAAAUGGACAAGGGAAAGCCGGAGGAGAUUCCUGCAGUUGCAGUUGGUUCAAGGGCGCAUAUGGUGAAUACGGACGCCGUUGUCAAGCGUGCAUUCAUUAGAAAUUUAUUGAUGUAUGGUUUACAUACGUUGGUUUAUAUUUUUGGAAUUAGAGAUGUGAAAGAUACACAAUGUGGGUUUAAACUAUUUAACAAGGCAGCAGUGAAAAUUAUAUGCCCUUUGAUGCAUACAGAAGGUUGGAUAUUUGAUGUCGAGAUGCUUAUCCUUGCCGAGAGACGCGAUAUAAAUGUUUCGGAAGUUCCUAUAAGUUGGCAUGAGGUCAAAGGUUCAAAGAUGGUUCUUGCAAGAGAUUCUCUUAACAUGGGGAUCGACUUGGUGGUUACGCGAAUGGCAUAUAUUUUGGGUGUUUACAGUGACAAGAACAAGAAUGACCACAAGUUAAAGACAGCCUAA